GGAGGGGAUCGUGAAUAUCGUUAUGGGGCGGGCCGGGCUUGUAAAUGAGCCACGCCUACCACUUGCAUAUGACCUUGAUGCUUUUUGAGGGAGCGAAGGAUUCAGAGACAGAGCGAGCGAAACAGCAACAGUACCGACGCAGCUUCUCUUUCUCCGUUUGGAUCGAUCCUUGUCUUGUUUGAGCCCUGCUAGAGAUACUAUACAAAGAGUAAAAUGAUGCAAAGAGGACAUCAGUCAUUACUCCCAAGCCUGCCAAUGGCUACCACCCCAGCCAGUAGGAGCAUCUCUGCAUCUCCUACCUCAUCAGUUGAAGAGAGUGACUCUCCUUCUCCUCCUCUCCCUCCCUCUUCUUCCUUUGUUGCUCCCUUUCACUCAAAUGGCAUGGAGCUCAAUCCUCAUCCCUCCUCAACCUCUUCCCCAACUCCUACUUCUGUACUGGAGCAGCCCUCGGCCUUUGUGACGACGCCCUUCACAACUCAAAUGGGUGGAGCUCCAACUUCAUAUCUAAACAUGAUAAUUAGCGACAGAAACACUCGAAACGAUGUUAAAGUGUCCGUCGUUCCUCCUUGCCAAUGGGACGGAUGUGGUCUACACUUUCCUACGCUCCAACAACUCGUCUCGCACCUUGAACAUGACCACGCCCACUCGUUACCCACGUACGCCUGCCGCUGGACGGGUUGCACCCGCGGCCUCAAGCCGUUUGAUGCCCGGUAUAAACUCAUAACUCACUUACGCUGUCAUACCGGGGAGAGGCCCUAUAGGUGUAAUCACUCGGGCUGUACGAGGAGGUUCUCACGACUGGAAAACCUUAAACUACACAUGAGGACGCAUACAGGAGAAAAACCAUACACUUGUCAUCACGAGGGCUGUACCAAGCGGUUCAACAAUACGAGUGACAGGGCGAAGCACAUGAAGACGCAUAUCAUGAAGAAGCCGUAUGCGUGCAAGUUCCCUGGUUGCGAUAAAGCUUACACCGACCCAUCCUCAAUGAGGAAACAUACCAAGUUUGCUCAUAAAGGUCGGGAGAUUAAGACCACGCCUCCAAGCCAUGCCCCUUUUACACCCUCAAGUCAAAUUGGGAGUUCGUUUACGUCAUCUUUAACGAGUCUGCACAGCACCGGUAUUACUUUGGACGGGAGUAAAUCAAACGAUCGGUCACCACAAGAACAGCCCACGCCCAUAUCGCCCCCGCUAUACGUCAUGAUGCCUCUAACGAGAAACAAUCUCGUGAGCUCCGCCCAGGACCAGGCCAUGCCCACACAAAGCUCUCCGGCGUUUGCAGGGACGGUCCCGACCCAGUCGCAAGUGGUCAUGUUGCAGCCUCAAAUUACGACGGCCUUGCUCCCCCACGGAGUCCUCCCCAGUCAACAGGGACAGCAAGUGAUUCUCUCUCCUUCUCAAUCAGGUCUUAUUCACAGUUCAUCUCUCUCCAAUCCUCUCCUACUCUGUGGCAGAAGUGGUCCUACUGUUACUCCUGAUUUGUUGGGGGCGAGGGCACCAUUGCUGUAUCAGCCCAUGACUCUAGCUCGGCCCAUACAACAGGUCGUGUUACCAAUUAUACCAGUGACUCACGUCCAACCACAGAAAUGAGGAGACAUUUGUAGCUCUUGUUUUAUGAUUUAUUUUUUUAAUUUGGUGCCCCUAGUGUUUUAUAAUAAUAUACUGAACGUAUUGUUGCUAUUGCUAGCAAUUUUAUAUAAUUUUCAAGCAUCACUUCAGUUAUUUUUUCACUCAUCAUUAUUAUUAUUUAUUAUACCCACUUUCUCUCACACACAUACAAUAGAUACAAAGUAUUUUCCAUUCAAUAGUUCUUCUCUUUUGCUUUCAAUAAUAAUAAUUAUAGUCUAUACAAGACUUCACAGAAAUAUUACAAUUGUUUAAAAAUAACUCUCAACAACUUUAAUAGCAUCACUACUACUAUUAUUAUUAUUAUUAUUAUUACUAUUAUUAUUAUCAUCACUAUCUUGUACCAUUCUUGCAUUUGUUUUUUAACACUAUCAAAUUUAUUAUCAACACAA